AUGAUGAAUCCCGAUGAAGAGCAAAGUGUCAGCCAGGGUAAUGAAAAGGAGCAAAGGCAGCACGCGAUAAGGCUGGAAGAAACGGCUGCUCCUUUAGUCUGGCGCCUACCUCAGGACUUCAGUGAUCGCUUAGGAAUAUGGUUUUCGGUCACCUGGUCGAUACUGGCAGCUCUAUUAUUUGCACUCGUAUGGUAUUUCUUUUUAACUGCACAUAAGUUCGACUACCACCGCUUGGUCUCUCAAAGAUUCGACUCACCGCAUGCGAGUUCCUCUGUCGAUUCAGAUGCGCAAAGAGCUUCCACUGACAGCGUAUCGGAACAACACGUCGAUGUUGGUUCUAAACGAAUGAGCACCAUCAACCACAUUUUUGCUAUUCUGAAGUAUUGCAGUUUACACUGGUUCUGGUUCACGCUAGGUUUCAUAUUCCUAAUCAUUUAUGCAGGUGCUCGAGUAUACAUAGCAAAUUAUACUGGCGAGGUCAUAGGAAAUAUUGUGAAGAAAGCCGGGGUCGCAGCUUUGGUACACUCCGUACUGAUAAUGGGAGCUUUGACUAUGCUGAGCACUGUUUUCGGGGGUCUUCGUGGUGGUUGCUUUGCCUAUGCUACUGCACUUGUCGAUCGGCAAAUUCGCAUGAACCUCUUCCGUUCCUUAGUCCAUCAAGAAAUCGCAUUCUUUGACAUCACCAAAUGUGGCGAAAUGGUAUCUCGUUUGACAGCCGAUUGCCAGACGGUGGCUGCUUCAGUUUCGGUGAAUCUCAAUGUGUUCCUAAGGAAUGGUGUAAUGCUUGUUGGCUCCAUAGCGUUUAUGUUUGUCUUGUCAUGGCGAUUAUGUUUGGUAACAUUCAUCAUGGUUCCCCUUCUUGGCUUCAUUACUAAGUGGUACGGCUCUUAUUAUGAUAAGCUGUCAGAAAAGACGCAGACUCUUAUUGCUGAUGCAAAUCAGAUUGCGGAAGAGGUUUUGUCCACUAUGCGAACAGUGAGAUCAUUUGCAUGCGAACGACGGGAGGCUGAUCGGUUUGAGAGUAAACUUGGAGCUACUUUGAGAAUGAACAAGAAAAAGGCCAUCGCUUAUAUGGGUUACGCGUGGAAUAAUGAGUUUUGUGAAAACGCCAUUUUGGUAGCAGUUUUAUACUAUGGUGGACACCCAGUUAUGUCAAAUAUGAUGACCGCGGACCAGUUAAUCACUUUUCUCCUGUAUCAGAUACAACUUGGCGAGAACCUAUAUAGCAUCGGCUAUGUUAUGACUGGCUUGAUGGAAUGCGUUGGUGCCUCAAGAAAGGUGUUUGAAUACAUGUUGCGUGUUCCUGCCAUUGAAAAUGAUGGAAAAGAGGAACCACCUCUUCAAGGUCAUGUGGAGUUCAAAGAUGUGCACUUUACCUACCCCUCAAGGCCAAACAAUCCCGCACUCAAGGACUUGGAUCUGGUCAUACAAGCAGGCCGGACAACGGCUUUGGUCGGACCAAGUGGUGGAGGGAAGUCCUCCAUAGUAGCGCUGCUACAACAUUUCUACGAGCCUGAUGCGGGAACGAUUACAAUAGAUGGCGUGAAUGUCAGGGACAUUUCGCAUAUGUACUUCCACCACAAGAUUGCGAUGGUGGCUCAAGAACCUGUGCUGUAUAACGGAUCCGUUCGUUACAACAUUCUAUAUGGAUGCGAUUGGGCUACUGAAGAGGACAUGCUUCGUGCGGCUCAUACAGCCAAUGUUCAUAAUUUUGUGAUGGAGCUGGAAAAGGGAUACGAUACGGAUUGUGGAGAUAAGGGUCUACAAAUGUCUGGCGGACAAAAACAACGUAUCGCUAUUGCGAGAGCAUUGGUCAGAAAUCCUGUGCUUUUAAUUCUUGAUGAAGCCACAUCAGCUCUCGAUGCCGAGUCUGAGGCACUGGUGCAAGAAGCUUUGAACAAGUGCGCACAAGGACGCACAGUGUUGAUAAUAGCUCACAGAUUGUCUACGAUAGAGAAGGCGGACCAUAUAGCAGUGAUAAAUAAGGGGUCCUUAGUACAGACUGGAAAUCAUGCAGAGCUGAUGAAAGAUCAGAAUGGGCUAUACUACUCUUUGGUUUCUAAACAACUGCUUUCAUCAAAAAUCAAAGAAGGAUGAAGCAAUUAUCCUCAUCUCCUUAUAUUUAAUUUUAAUGCAUUCAAUUAGCAUUCGAUGGUCGUUCGGUAUAUUUGAUUGUAAAUGGACUGCAGUUUUAGUAUGACUCGACUGUUGGGUUUCCUGUAUCACUUGAACUUUGUGAAUACCCUUUCACUCAAUCCUGUGAACAUUACCAGCUUGAUUCAAGUUCAUUACAUUGUAAUAAUGUUAGUAGCCCGAAGUUGUAGUGCAAACUAGUCUGCUCAGUUGUUAUGGGUAAAUUAGUGCUAUAAGUUGUUAUGAUUGUGACGCAUCGAAAAAUGAAUCUCCCUUAGAC